AAGUUUAAUUUAUUUCAGUUCAAGCAAGAAAAUCGGGUUUUCUUCACAUAACACAAAUUUUAUUUUUCCUUGCAAUUUUGAACUUAUCAUCCGUGUCGUUUUUUGGCAUUGGUGGAUAGCAUCUCACCUUUGGAGAUGUUAUCUCGGAGCAGCUUUAUAAAAUUGCUGGACGUUGUUAUAAUCAGUCCAGCUUUCAAUCAGAAUGUCCUACCGGCUGCCGGAUUUGCUGUACGGUUUCGAUAUAACGAGAAAAAUUACAUGGUUCCAAAGCCAGGAUCUGGAUAUUUCCGAAGGAAAGUACAUUACCCGGAGGAAUACACCCUGAAACCCAUUCCAUACACUAAUUUAGCUGGUCGUGACCCUGUUACUGGUCGCGUGGUGGUAGGAACAUUGGGUGGAGGAAUUAAACAUCCGUUAUUAUGGGUGGACUAUACACGCAGUGUCCCAGAAGGAUCGACUACCCUCACGGAAAAGGUGCUGGAAGUUUUUCCUGAGCCAACACGAACUGCACAUGUUGCUCUUGUUGGAGCUAAUAAUGCCUGUCGAUACAUUAUAGCAACUGAAAACAUGAAAUCUGGGGAUUUGAUUACGACAUCGAAUGAACUGUCAAAAAUUGCAGUAAGGCCAAAGGAAGGAGACGCUUACCCUGUGGGGUCCCUAUCUAUUAACACCGUAGUUUGCUGUGUGGAAGCAUACCCUGGCAGUGGGGGUAUUUUCGCACGAGCUGCUGGAAGUUCCUGUACUAUUCUUAGGAAAAUUGGACAAAGAGUUAUAAUUGUAAAUGGAACGAAGAAAAAGCGAGAGUUCUCUAUAGAGCAAACAUGUAUGGCAGUUGUUGGGCGUGUAUCAAACAAAGAACAUGGUUCAACCCCAAUUGGAAGUCCUAAUAAUUUAAGAGCACUGGGAUAUCGACCUCGGUCGGGAUUGUGGCAGCGAAAGACUGGGAAACAUGGGAGAAAAAUCCGUCGACCUCCUCCCACGAAGGAAAUGAUGCAUCCAAGCCUACUUCCUAAAAAAGCUGAAAGACUUCAUUUAACUUCAGAAAAGUUCCCAUACCAUUGGACGUAGGGUAGGGGUUUUAGUUUUUAUAUUUAGUAAACUUUUGUAAAUUGAUAUUAUUUAUUAAGUGAGAUAAAAUAUAUUACAUAGUAAUACUGUU